CACAUAAGUAAUUCACAGCAAAAACGUUGUAUUCGAACGUGUGUUGUGUAACAAAUACAUACGCACCCCAAGAAACACACAACAAAUCUCUCUCUCUCUCUCUCAAUCUCUAUCUCUCUCUCCAAGUUUCCUUGCUUGUCCAAAAAGAAAUCCCACCAACCCUUCAUGAAUCUCUUCCCCAUUCGUUGAAUAUCAAUCUCGUUUGCUCUGUAUCUAGCCGGAAAGUCCGGUGAAAAAGCGCCACCUUCGUUCUCUGCCGUGAAGGAGGAGGCGUUUGUUCAAAAGGGUUGGUGAAGGAUGGAACAGAAGCACAUUCUGCUGUCUGCUCUGAGUGUUGGGGUUGGGGUUGGGGUGGGGCUGGGGUUGACUUCCGGGCAGGCUGUGAGCAGUUGGGUAAAUGGUAAUUGCUCGGCGGAUGAGGUGACGGCGGAGCAGAUUGAGCAGGAGUUGAUGAGGCAGGUUGUGGAUGGCAGAGACAGCAAAGUUACAUUUGAGGAGUUUCCUUAUUACCUAAGAGAGAGAACUCGGAUGUUGUUAACAAGCGCUGCAUAUGUUCAUCUGAAGCACUCCGACUUGUCCAAGCACACCCGGAAUCUUUCCCCUGCAAGUAGAGCUAUUUUGCUCUCAGGACCUGCAGAACUUUAUCAUCAAAUGCUCGCCAAGGCUUUAGCGCAUCACUUUGAGUCGAAGUUGCUGUUGUUGGAUAUCACUGAUUUUUCGAUCAGGAUACAGAGUAAAUACGGAUGUGCCAAAAGAGAAACACAUCAUAAAAGGUCCAUCUCAGAGGUGACAUUGGAGCAAAUGUCCAAUUUGCUCGGCUCCUUCUCAAUGCUCCCUUCAAGCAGGGACACUAAAGGUGCAUUAUGUCGGCAAAGUAGUUCUUCUGAUCUCAAAUCAAGGGGCACUGAAGGGCCAACUCGAACGCUUCAAAGAAAUGGUUCUUCUGCAUCUGAUAUGAGUAGCAUCAGUUCCAAAUCUGCUUCGCCAAGUUCAGUUCCUCUCAAACGCGUGAACAACUGGUGUUUCGAUGAGAAACUUUUUCUGCACUCACUUUACAAGGUCUUAUCUUCAAUGUCAGAAACUCGUUCCAUCAUCUUAUGCCUCAGGGACGUCGAGAAGCUUUUUCUCCAAUCACGGCGGUUUUACAAUUUGUUCAACAAAAUGUUGAAGAGACUUUCAGGGUCAGUGUUGAUACUUGGUUCCCGGACAGUAGACGCUGAAGAUGAUUGCAAAGAAGUCGACGAGAAGCUUGCUGCUUUGUUCCCCUACAAUAUUGAGAUCAGUCCCCCGGAAGAUGAGACUCAUCUCGUCAGCUGGAAGGCUCAACUGGAAGAAGACAUGAAGAUGAUCCAAUUUCAUGACAACAAAAAUCACAUAGCCGAGGUGCUUGCGGCGAAUGAUCUUGAAUGUGAUGAUCUUGGUUCAAUCUGCCACGCAGACACAAUGGUAGUCAGCAACUACAUAGAAGAGAUUGUGAUUUCGGCAAUAUCUUAUCAUUUGAUGCAAAACAAGGAUCCAGAAUAUCGAAAUGGAAAGCUUGUUAUAUCAUCGACGAGUUUGUCCCAUGGAUUGAGUAUAUUCCAGGAGGGAAAAUCUGGCGGGAAAGAUUCUCUGAAACUGGAGACCAAUGCCGAUUCCAACAAGGAAACCGAAGGGGAAGAGGCCGUCGGUGCAAAGACUGAAUCGAAGUCUGAAACUGCAGCACCGGAAAACAAAGGUGAAGCCGAGAAAUCUGGUCCUGGGGUGAAGAAGGACAGCGAGAAUCCACCUCCUCCAAAAGUAGAAGUGGUACCUGACAAUGAAUUUGAGAAGCGCAUAAGGCCGGAGGUUAUCCCUGCAAAUGAGAUUGGAGUCACAUUUGCAGAUAUUGGUGCAUUGGAUGAGAUCAAAGAAUCACUUCAGGAGUUGGUCAUGCUCCCGCUUCGAAGACCAGACCUUUUCAAAGGUGGGCUUCUGAAGCCUUGCAGAGGCAUAUUGCUUUUCGGUCCUCCUGGCACUGGAAAAACAAUGCUGGCAAAGGCCAUAGCAAGUGAAGCAGGAGCAAGUUUCAUCAACGUCUCGAUGUCCACGAUCACCUCAAAAUGGUUUGGAGAAGAUGAGAAGAACGUUCGAGCUCUGUUCACACUUGCAGCAAAGGUCUCCCCGACUAUUAUCUUCGUGGAUGAGGUUGACAGCAUGCUGGGGCAGCGAACCAGAGUUGGGGAGCAUGAGGCCAUGAGGAAGAUUAAGAACGAGUUCAUGACACACUGGGAUGGACUUUUGACAAAGACCGGGGAGAGAAUUCUUGUUCUCGCCGCAACCAACAGGCCAUUUGACCUUGAUGAGGCAAUCAUCAGGCGAUUUGAGCGGAGAGUCAUGGUUGGCCUUCCCUCAGUCGAGAACAGGGAAAUGAUCUUGAGAACUCUUCUUUCGAAAGAAAAGGUCGAAAAUCUAGACUUUAAGGAGCUUGCAACCAUGACAGAAGGAUACAGUGGAAGCGAUCUUAAGAACUUGUGCGUGACAGCAGCUUAUCGACCAGUUAGGGAGCUUAUACAACAGGAGAGGCAAAAGGAUGUGGAAAAGAAGAAGAAAGAUGCAAAAGAAAAGGGCACAGAAGAAGCUUCAGAACCGAAAGAAGAAGAGAAAGAGGAGCACGUAAUUACCCUGAGGGCUUUAAACAUGGAAGAUAUGCGGCAGGCAAAGAAUCAGGUUGCUGCGAGUUUCGCUUCAGAGGGAUCAGUAAUGAGCGAGCUGAAACAGUGGAAUGAACUGUAUGGCGAGGGUGGGUCGAGGAAGAAGCAACAGCUAACUUAUUUCCUGUAAACUAUUAGUACACACGGGGAAGCCGGCAUCUUAGGCACUAGCAUCAGCUUCAUUCUUUGGGGAAGAAUGUGAAGGUCUCGAGGAAGAUGGAAACUCCACCUGAAAAGGCAACAAUGUUCGUCGGCUUGCAACAACGCGACGAUCAAUUAGAAGCAGCUACAGCUCGGAACCUCCGGCGAAGGAAAAAGCUUGCAGCACAAGGAACGUGUAUAUCAGUGUACAAAGUGUAAGAGAGGGUGGGUUAACGGUGUCCAAUAGCCACAGUUAUUUGGGAUUUUUGAGUCUAUGUUCUGUGAAAAAUGUGUGUGGUGUUUGGAGAUGCUUGUGGGAUUUUCAGAUUGGUGAGAGGAAACUUGAACUGAAUUCGAACAGCAUUUGUGCACAUUGUUCUUAAAUUGUGUAAUUAUUUGAUGGUGCAAUGCUCUUUAUGCAUGUA